UUUCAGGUGAGAGGGGUAAUAUUACAAUGGAAACUAUAAUAGUUCUUAUAGUUGUCUCAUCAGUUGCUGCUAUUGUUCAAUCAGAAUAUUAUGCUAAUUACAACGAUCGAUUGGCACGAGAUUUUAUGCAUUUUGGAAAACGUUCAGCAAAUUUAGUACCGCAGUUCGAUCCAUAUAUUGCUUAUUUUAAAAGAGGCGAGUUUUCGAGAGAUUUCAUGAAUUUUGGAAAACGUUCAACUGGUGAUGGCAAUUUGUCUGAUAUGAUGCUAAAAAUUGGUCACACUCCAGAAUUACUUCACAAGAAAAGCAACAGUUUUGACAGGGAAUUUAUGAAUUUCGGUAAACGGAUGAUGCCACUUGAACGGAGUCUAAUGACUUCAAAUAAAAAAGGCGGCAUUGAUGCAUUCAAUCGCGAGUUUCUCAGUUUCGGUAAAAGGAUUGCUGUUAUUUAA